AUGGUCGCAUCGAAGGGAGCAAACGCGUCACCUAACGCGGUGCCGCUGGGAUCGCAGGAACAGCAGGCUUUAUUCGUCCAGAAGCGGCAAGCGCUGCUCGACCUAGUCGACUACGUUGGUCGCGUAGAAGUGAAAUUCAGCGAGGCGCUUUUCAAAGCCUUCACGCCCAUUCUAGAAAAAGAUCUGGAACCCGGCCCGUGGCCGCGCCUGCAACUAAUCUAUGUGUACCUACUUACGUAUGUCGCGAAGCGUUACUACAUCGACCAGCAGUUCAUCUUAAAGCUGCUGAACCUGUUCGACGAGGAGGACCCUCGCGAGCGGGCGUAUCUGAAGGCUAUUCUGCACCUGACUUACAAGAGGUUCAUGUUUCUCCGGCCGUUCAUCCGAGAAGCGAUUGGCAACACUAUCUACCAGUUUAUCGAGUCGGAGCGGCAUAACGGCAUUGCGGAGCUGCUGGAGAUUCUAGGGGAUAUGAUUAACGGAUUCAAGCUGCCGCUUAAGGAGAAACAUAAGCAGUUUCUAGACCGAGUGCUGGUUCCGCUGCACAAGCCUGAGUGCGUGUCGAUGUACCACCAGCAGCUGUCGUACUGCAUCACCCAGUUCGUGGAAAAAGACCCGAAGCUCGCGGAUAUGGUGCUGCACGGAUUGCUUAAGUUCUGGCCCUUAACUACCAGCCAGAAUGAGGUGCUGUUUUUGGGGGAGUUGGAAGAGAUUCUGAAGCUGACUCAGGCGCCGGAGUUUGAGAUGGUCGUGACGCCGCUGUUCCAGCAAAUCGCACGCUGCCUCAGCUCCUCGCACUUAGAGGUGGCGGAGCGCACGCUGCGCCUGUGGAACAACGGCCACUUCGUGGGGCUCGUGAUGCAGAACCAUUGCGUGGCGGAGCGCGCACUACUCCUGUGGAACAACGGCCACAUCGUGGCGCUCGUGGCUCGGAAUCACACCACCAUCAUGCCCCUCAUCUUCGUUGCCAUAAUGCGCAACAUCAAUCGCGACUGGAAGGACCGGGACACCAAGGUGAUGAACACUUUGGCCAUCGAAGUGCACAAUACGUUUCUCGAGGGGCACAAGGAGCUCUACGACCAGUGCAUGCGCCAGUUCCUCAGAGAAGGAGGCCCCUUACUCUGCUCUAUGUCUCGUUCUCUCUCUUAUCCCCUCCUCUCCCUUUACAGAAGCUUCUUGUGA